UGAUAAAUUUGUGAAUUUAUAUUUAUUAUAUACUGAAAAGAAAUGUCCCAAAGUAAAAAAAGAAAUACUGCCGAAAGGGAAACUAAACGACUUAUUCGGCAAUGUCGCUUAACCGAAAGAGAUUUAGGACAACCUCAAUUAUUAGAAGAAAUAAUAGCGACUCAAUUAAGUGAAGAACUCAUGAAUAAGUUUAAAAUUAACAAGAAGAAAAAAGAAAUGCUUCUUGAUUUUCAGGCAGAAUUUAUACGAAAAACAAAGCUGAAAGAAUACAAACAUCGUCUAACGCCGAUAUAUGCAGAAAUACCUCGAAUGAACGACUCACAUAAAAAAAUUCGUGCCCAAGCAGAACUUUGUCCUACAGCAAAAAUGUCUGUGUUCCAAGAACGUUGCAUCACGACUAGGGUUGCGGCCAAAGGUUUGGAGAAGAAGCACCAAUUGAUAGUACCGAGAAUAUUAGCAGAAGCCAAGGAAGAAUUUAUUAGAAUAACUCAUUCUGCUGGGGUUUGCUUAAAAACGAGGCCAGUAAAUUCAGAUGAGAAACGAUUUGUCAUCCAACCUUACAAAUAUUUAGGAAGAAGCUCAACUUUCAAUGUAUACCUGUGGGUCCGAAAACAAUUUCAAUCUAAAUUUUUGCUGCAUGACCCACUUGUGCGAAGAAUAUAUAAAGAAUGCAAGAUGCUGCCUGAAAUUUUGUUCGACCUGAGAGAUCUAAGAAUAAAACCACUUGCGGUGCACGAAUUAGAUGAUACUUUUAAUAAUUUGACGUCAGAUUCAGAAAGUACCUUAUUGAAGUUUUAUUAUAGAAUUUGUGAGAUAGUGGAAAAUUGCGACUAUAUUUUAGAUGCCGAUGCUUGGAAAAAUCUUCUUAAAGUAUGUACUGGUCUUCUAUCGGUUUUUAUAAGCCUUUCUAUCCAAAACACUAUUAAUCACGUAGUUGAAGUAACUGGAAAAGAAGAUCUUGUUCCGUAUUUACAGCUGUCUUUAAAAUAUGAUAAAAGCCUAUAUAUGCAUCCUAAUCAGCAAGAUGUAAUCUUGUUAUAUAGUCUAUUUAUUUCUAAGCUAGUAGAUCUAGGAACCAACUUUACCGUUUUGGAGACCCUAAAAAUAAAAUCUCAUCCAGAAGCUCUCAUCCACCUGAACAUAACCGAUGAUUAUUAUGAUUCUGUUCUUAGUCAAAUUGCCGAAAACAUAAUGAAGCUGUUCGUUCCUAUUGAUGAAUAUAUGCGUAAGAUUGAUUAUGAUUUUCGUGAAAUGUUCAUUGAUUUUACGGUAACUGAUGAUAAAGAAAAAACAUUUGAGAACGGUUGUUUACAGAUUAAACAUUUUAAAAAUUACAUCUCAAAAGCAAGUUCUUUAUUGGGAAGCGAGUAUUUCGCAAUAGGUCAACUUGUGUUGUCAGAAUAUGUUUCGUCAAUGAAAGAAUCUUUGUCAGUUAUAAUAGAGGACAUAUUUGGUAAGCUGUGUAGAAUUCACAUAUCGGAAAAUGAAAAUAUUUGUCAAGAAUUCGAGAACAUUGAGGAAGAUUCUAUGAUGCAGCCAAAUAAUAGCGAGGAACUUAUUGCUCAAGGAAAACAUAUGAUUUGGGUUAAAACAGUUCUUCUUUUCGAAUUGAAAGAACGAAUACAAAAAAUGUUAUAUAAUUUAAUUCAGCUCAUAGAAUUUGGCACGAUAGAUAGAGAUCACAUGAAUAUUAACACAACGACGGUACUAUGGAUGAAGAACAUAGACGACAUACUUGACAAAAACUCAUCUAUGUACGAGCAAUUGAAAUUUCAUGCCGAGGAACUACUGCAUCAUACUGUCGCAUAUGUCCAGGAAGAAACCCUUAUUUUAGUACCUUUACUUGAUAUAUUUGAUAAUAUGGAUGAUUAUAAGCAAUGUAAAGACUAUGUUUUUAAAAUCAAAUCGCACUUGGUAAAGAUAAAAGAGCUUCGUCAAAAGAUAAUCUGGAUCAAUAAAGAGCAGCAGCUACUUGGAUUCAAUGUAUCCCCAUUUAAAACCGUUGAAGAUGUCGAGAAUUUUGUUUAUCCAUUUUUUCAUUUGCUAAAGGUAUGUGUGAACCUUCAAAGACACAUUGACGUUUGCCUAGAUGGACAGUUUGAAUUCUUGGACUUCUAUCACACGGAAAAUAUUAUUGAUGAUUAUAUGAAAGAGUUACUUAAAAUCCAGAAAUAUUAUAGAUUAAAAUGUAGGACUAGCACCAACGAUGACUCCCUAAGAUUUUUUGGGUCAGUAGAUGAUCCCGAUCUGUAUGCGUGGCCAUCUCCAUUAAAAUUAACUUACUUAGCAAUGCAAGCGAUUAAAGAUUUUAGACCUGUAAUGACGAUGAUGAGAAUUAUGUGCAAUGAUGCUAUAGUGAGAAGACAUUGGAAGGAAAUGUCCCUAAUAUGCGGUUUUGAUUUAACUCCCAAUGCUGGUACCACCAUACGGAAAUUUAUGUUAAUGGGUUUAGAAAAAGAUCUUGACAAAUAUGACAUCAUUAGUUCCGGAGCUACGAAAGAACGUGAACUAUACAGAAAUCUUCAAAAAAUGAAGUCAGAAUGGAAUGAAAUACUUUUUAAAAUCAGUCAAUUUAAAGAAACUGGCAUAAACAUACUGUCGGCUCUUGAUGAUAUUCAAAUUAUACUGGAAGAUCACAUUCUGAAAGCAUUGACAAUGCGUGGUUCCAUUUUCGUUAAACCCUAUGAAGCAGAAGUAAAAGAGUUUUAUAAGAGACUUGUUAGAAUUAACAAUACUUUAGAUGUAUGGGGUAAGGUUCAAAGUCAGUGGCUGUAUUUGCUGCCCAUCUUUUCAUCCAAAGAUAUAGUAGCUCAAAUGCCUCAAGAAGGACAGCUCUUUAAAGAGGUUAACGAUACCUAUAAGCGGUAUAUGGAUGUAGUUAUCAGAGAUCCCCGAGUAUAUGAAACAGCAGGCGCACCUGGUGUUCUAGAAACAAUGCAGUAUUGUAUUGAACUGUUAGAACAAAUUAACGACGGCGUUACUGAUUACCUCGAAAGAAAACGAUUAUUUUUUCCAAGAUUUUUUUUCUUGUCCAACGACGAAAUGCUUGAAAUUCUUUCCGAAACAAAAGAUCCGCUUAGAGUACAACCACAUCUUCGAAAAUGCUUUGAAGCUAUCAAUAGAUUACAAUUUAACGAUAAGUUGGAAAUUUCGGCUAUGUUCAGCCAAGAACUAGAAAAGAUAAAUUUAAAAAGUAUUGUUGAUACCAAAGAGGCAGGGGGUAGUGUAGAGAAAUGGCUCGUUUUGGUUGAAGAACAGAUGGUUAUUUCCGUGAGGGAUCAAAUACUAAAGAGCUUUAAAAAUUAUAUAAUGUCGCCUAGAACACAAUGGGUUCAAAAAUGGCCUGGUCAAGUUGUACUGUGUGUAUCUCAAAUACAUUGGACCCAUAAUGUACAUUUAGCACUGAACCGGGAUCAAGAAAUGACUUUGAAACAUUUUUUAGAAUCAUUAAAAGAUCAGCUUCAAGACAUUGUUAAUUUAAUCAGAAGUACUUCGUUAACUAAUUUGUCAAGAAUAACCAUUAAAGCUUUAAUUGUUAUUGAUGUACAUGCUAAGGAUGUUGUGGAAGCAUUAUACAAGGAUAAUGUAGCUAAUGAUAGAGAAUUUAACUGGUUAUCUCAAUUAAGGUAUUACUUAGAAGACGAUGAAGCUCUUGUCAGACUGAUUAAUGCAACUGUUAAAUACGCUUACGAGUAUUUAGGUAAUACUGAUCGACUAGUAAUAACACCUCUGACGGAUAGGUGUUAUCGGACACUCAUUGGAGCAUACCAUCUACAUUUAAAUGGAGCACCUGAAGGUCCUGCAGGUACAGGAAAAACGGAAACAACAAAAGAUUUAGCUAAAGCACUUGCGGUCCAGUGUGUGGUUUUUAAUUGUUCUGAUGGUCUGGAUUACAUAGCUAUGGGAAAAUUUUUUAAAGGCCUUGCAUCGUGUGGAGCAUGGGUAUGUUUUGACGAGUUCAAUAGAAUAGAUAUUGAAGUACUGUCUGUGGUCGCUCAACAAAUUCUAUUAAUCGUACUAGCCGUAAGAGCACAUGCUGCUAGGUUUAACUUCGAAGGAACAGAAAUUAAGUUAAACCCUGCCUGUUAUGUUUGUAUUACGAUGAAUCCUGGAUAUGCAGGAAGAACAGAAUUACCAGAUAACUUAAAGGUUUUGUUUAGAACUGUGGCAAUGAUGGUACCUGACUAUGCUAUGAUAGGGGAAAUAUCUUUAUAUUCUUAUGGAUUUAAAGACGCAAGAAAUUUGUCUGUAAAAAUUGUAACUGUGUAUCGGCUUUGUUCCGAACAACUAUCGUCUCAAAAUCACUAUGAUUACGGUAUGAGGGCAGUGAAGUCAGUUCUAUCAGCAGCAGGUAACAACAAAAGGAAGUUUCCUGAUCUUGACGAAGAUAUUUUGUUACUUCGAGCUAUUUUAGAUGUCAAUUUGCCGAAAUUUUUAAACCAGGAUUUACCAUUAUUCGAUGGUAUUAUUUCCGAUCUAUUUCCGGGAAUUAUAUUACCCGAAGCAGAUUAUACGAAAUUGAUCGAAUGUAUGAAGACAUGUUGCGAAAACAGGAAACUCAUACCUAAAGAUUCUGUCAUUACUAAAGUUAUUCAAACUUACGAAAUGAUGAUUGUGAGGUGGGGUUUUAUGAUAGUCGGUUAUCCCCUGGCUGGAAAAACGAGUACAAUAAAAGUUUUGGCUGACACGUUAACUUUAAUGAAUAAACAAGGUUUACCUGAAGAAAAAGUUGAAAUAGUUACUAUAAAUCCUAAAGCAAUAACAAUGGGUCAGCUCUAUGGACAAUUUGAUCCGAUAUCAUACGAAUGGUUUGACGGAGUCAUAGCAACUACUUUUCGCAGUUUCUGUACCGACCCUAGUGCUAAUAGAAAAUGGAUGAUUUUCGAUGGACCGGUAGAUGCAAUUUGGAUUGAAAAUAUGAAUAGCGUAUUAGAUGAUAACAGAAAGUUAUGUCUUAUGUCAGGUGAAGUUAUGUCAAUGACUAAUGCGAUGUCUCUGAUAUUUGAAGUGAUGGAUUUGGAACAAGCAUCUCCUGCAACGGUUUCUAGAUGUGGUAUGGUAUACAUGGAACCAGUAACAUUGGGCUGGGAACCUUUUCUUCAGUCUUGGAUCCCUACUUGUAAUAAUUUAUGGUGUCCCUCUAGCAGAACAGAUUUUAUUGAUAGUAUGUUCAAAUGGAUUGUGCCUCCUUCACUGAAUUUUAUAAAGAAACAUUGUACUAUGUUCUGCAAUCCAGGGGAUAUUAGUCUAGUUUUGAAUAUGAUGAAUAUGUUUGAAAUGUAUAUGAACGAUGCAAUUGAGUGUAAUCCCAAAAAAGAGGAUCAAGAAAAAUAUAUGGAAUUUUGGACACAGGCUGCUUUUAUUCAAGCAGGAGUUUGGGGUAUAGCUUCAAUCCUAGAUAAAGAUUCAAGAGAAAAAUUUGACGAAUUUUAUAAAACUUUGUGGAGAGGAGAAAACGAACAACAUCCCUAUCCUCAAUGUCUAGAAAAAGUUGACUUAACUAUUCCAUCUGAAGGUCUUCUUUUUGACUAUGGAUAUAAUUAUAGACUAAAAGGAGGUUGGAAAUAUUGGCCAGAUGUUGUAAAAUAUGAACGGGUAGAUGAAUGUAAAAAUAUUAUGCAGGCUUUGAUACCAACUGUUGAUACAGCUAGAUAUAUGUUAUUAGUGGAGCAACAUAUUAGAUAUGCUAAGCCCUGCAUGCUCAUGGGUCCGACUGGGACUGGAAAAUCUUUUUAUAUAACGGACAUUUUAUUAAAUCGACUAAACAAAGAAAAAUACGAACCAGCUUUUAUAACAUUUACGGUACAGAUUACUGCUAAUCAAACACAGGACCUUAUCAUAUCUAAACUGAAUAGGAAAAAACGUGGGCAUUAUGGCCCUCCCAAAGGAAAAACUGCUGUUAUUUUCAUAGAUGAUGUCAACAUGCCCGUUAAAGAUGUAUAUGGUUCGCAGCCUCCUUUGGAAUUACUACGUCAGUAUUUUGAUCAUAAAAAUUGGUAUGAUCUCAAGAGCACCAGAGCAUUAUAUUUACAUGAUUUAAUAUUUUUGGGUGCAAUGGGAUUAGUAGGAGGUAGUAGACAAGAUGUAUAUCCAAGAUUUCUACGACACUUCAGCAUAUUUUCCAUAAAUGAAUUUAGUCAGGAGAGUAUGGCUAAGAUCUAUUCAAAUGUUUUAUUACUUGGCUGGAAAAAUAAUGGCUUUCCUUCGGAAAUUAUUAUGGUUGUUAAUCAAGUAGUUAACGCAACUUUGGGUAUUUUUAAAGCUGCACAGGAAAACCUACGACCAACACCGUCUAAAAGUCACUACAUUUUUAAUCUCCGGGACUUUUUCAGAUUAAUUCAAGGUUGUGCAAUGCUAAAAAAGGAAUCUGCAGAAGACAAAAAAAUAUUUCCAAAAAUAUGGGUACAUGAAGUAAUGAGAGUAUUUUACGAUAGAUUAGUAGAAAAACGAGACCGACUAUGGGUUUAUGAAGAGGUUAAAAAAUAUGUUAACGAUAAUUUUAGAGAAAAUUUCGAUAUGAUUUUUGGACUUUUAAAAAAUGAUCAAGGUGUUGUCACUCGUGAAGCAUUAAAACGUCUUCUCUUUGGAACAUACUUUGAUCAGGAUUCUGAUGAAGACAAACGCUAUGAAGAAGUUAUCGACGCAGAAGCAUUAAGAGAACUAUCAGUCAAUUGUCUAAUUGAAUACAAUGCCACACAUAAAAGUAAAAUGGACAUUGUGCUUUUCGACUAUGCUUUAGAACAUUUGUCAAAAAUUUGUCGAAUUCUCUCAAUGAAAUGUGGGAGUGCAUUACUGGUUGGUAUAAGUGGCUCUGGUAGACAAUCUCUAACUCGUCUCGCAGGUGAGAUAUACGGAAUGAAGCUCUUCCAAGCUGAAAUCACAAACAAUUAUGCAUUAUCGGAUUGGAGAGACGAUAUCAAGAAGGUUUGUAAGGAAUCAGGUGGUAGAGGAAAGGACACCAUAUUCCUAAUUGGUGAAGGUCAAAUAAAAGACGAAAGCUUUCUUGAAGACGUCGAUUGUCUUCUUAAUUCCGGUGAAGUACCUAAUAUAUAUCAAAUUGAUGAGAAACAAGAGAUUUUAGAUAUGGUCAAAUUAGCUGCACAAGGAGGAAAUAGAAAUCUAGAAAUCAGUCCUCUUGAAGUUUUCUUUUUCUUUACAAAACGCUGUAAAGAGAAACUACACGUGGUUAUGUGUUUAAGUCCAGUUGGAUCGGCUUUCCGUAAUAGACUUCGCCUGUUUCCAUCUCUGAUAAAUUGCUGUACUAUCGACUGGUUUCGAGACUGGCCUGAACAAGCACUGGAAGAGGUAGCUCAUGUUUGGAUGGAAGAUAUUAAUCUUUCAGAUGAAAUUAAGAGUACUUCAGUGAGUGCAUGUAAAUAUUUCCACGUUGAAGCAAGAAAUGCCUCUGACGAAUUUUACAAAGCAGUAAGCAGAAAGACUUAUAUAACAUCAGCUUCAUAUUUAGAACUAAUUAAAUCGUUUACUGAACUAACCAAUCGCAAGCAAGAAGAAAUUAUGACAGCCAAAAGAAGAUAUCUUGGUGGCUUGGAAAAGUUAUAUCAUGCAUCCGUUAGUAUAGGUGAAAUGCAAGAUUCCUUAGCAGCUCUACAACCUCAACUGGAGGCGAUGAAUAAAGCAGCAUCCGAGAUGCUAGCUCAGAUAGAACUCGAAAGUAUAACUGUCGAAAAGGCUUCAGCAAUAGUAAAACAAGAUGAAAAAGUAGCUAACAAGCAAGCUGCUCAAGCUCAAGCUUUAAAACUUGAAUGUGAAGCGGAUCUCGCAGAAGCCAUGCCCAUUUUGGAAGAGGCCAUUGCCGCAUUGGAUACUUUAAAACCAGCAGAUAUAAGAUUGGUUAAAUCUAUGAAAAAUCCUCCUGAAGUCAUUAAGCUAGUAAUGGCUGCUGUUUGUAUAAUAAAAGGUAUUAAGCCUGAUCGAAUACCUGAACCUGGAACUGGUAGAAUGAUACAAGAUUAUUGGGGUCCAAGUAAACGAGUCUUGGGUGAUAUCAAUUUUUUACAAACACUUAAAGAUUUUGACAAAGACAAUAUCAAGCCGGACGUUAUCGCCAAAUUGAGAAAGGAAUAUAUACCUCACAAAGAUUUUAAACCGGCUGUAGUAGCAAAAGCCUCAAGUGCAGCUGAGGGAUUAUGCAAAUGGAUCAUAGCUAUGGAUAUGUAUGAAAAAGUAUAUAAGGUAGUAGCUCCAAAAAAGGCCAAACUUAAAGCUGCAGAAGACGAAUUUACCGCCAUGAUGACAAUGCUACUUGAGAAGAGGGCUCAGGUAAAGAAAUUGGAAGAGCAAUUGGCUAUUCUGAAGGAACAGUUAGAUAUAGCUCAAAAAAAGCAACAAGAAUUACAGGCUGAAGUUGACUUAUGUAAUAAUAAGUUAUUACGAGCCAAAAAACUGAUCGGGGGACUGGGAGGUGAAAAAGAUAGAUGGACUACAGCAGCUGAAGUACUCCAAGUACAGUAUGAUGGUUUAGCUGGAGAUAUUUUGUUAUCUUGUGGAAUUAUAUCAUAUCUCUCACCGUUUAAUAGUGCUUUUAGAGUAAUGUUAAUGAAAGCUUGGCAUCAAUAUGUAAAAUCAUUAGGUAUACCAACUGCUGAAAUUUUUGACAUGGCGACAGUCUUAGGGUCAGACGUCACUAUUCAGAAUUGGAAUAUCAAUGGGCUACCAAGGGAUAUGUUUUCAACAGAAAAUGGAAUUAUCAUGGAUAACUCAAGACGUUGGUCCCUAUUUAUAGAUCCACAAGUCCAGGCCGCGAAUUGGAUUAAAAAAAUGGAAAGGAAGAACAACUUGCAAGUCUUAAAAUUUUCCUUUCCCGAUUACAUGAAAAAAAUAGAAACUAGCAUUCAAAACGGAUAUCCUGUACUAAUAGAAAGUAUUGAAGAAGUUCUGGAAGCCCCGUUAGACCCUCUUCUGUACAAACAAAUGUUCAAGCAAGCAGGAGUUUGGGUAAUCGCCCUUGGUGAAAACGUAAUUGAGUAUAACAGCAAUUUUAAACUGUAUCUUUCAUCAAAAUUAAGAAAUCCUCAUUACCUUCCCGAAGUUUUUAAUAAAGUAACAAUUAUUAACUUUGCUCUUACUCUGGAGGGACUACAAGACCAAUUGCUAGGUAUUGUAGUAGCAGUUGAAAAACCAGAUCUACAACAGCUUAAGGAAGAACUAACAAUUCAAAAGGCUGAUAAUAAGAAGGCUCUAAAAGACACCGAAGAUAACAUCCUCAAAACAUUGUCUGAAACAAAAGGUGAUAUUUUGGAAGACGAAAAAGCAAUCCAAAUCUUGGACGAAUCAAAAGUUUUGUCUACCGAAAUUAUGGAAAAGCAAAAGAGAUCUAUAAUCAUCGAACAAUCCAUUGAGGAAUUUAGAGAAAAAUACAAGAUUGUCUCGGCACAUUCAUCCGUUCUUUACUACUGCAUAUCAGAUUUGGCUAACGUCGACCCUAUGUAUCAGUAUUCCUUAGAUUGGUUUAUCAAUCUCUAUAUUGGAUCUAUACAGAAAGCUGAGAAAUUUAAAAUUAUUGAAAAACGAUGCACUUGCCUAAUAAACGCAUUUACUUUUGAUUUAUAUAACAACAUUACUAGAUCUCUCUUCGAAAAAGAUAAAUUAUUGUUUUCUUUCCUCUUAUGCUCCAAAAUUAUGAUUGCACAGAAAAAGCUAGAGGAAAAUGAAUUUUUAUUUCUACUAACAGGGGGCGUUGGUGGUGAAACUACAACGCCGAAUCCGUGUCCUACUUGGCUAUUAGAUAGAUCGUGGAAUGAGAUAUGCAGAUUAGAAGACAUUCCUGCAUUUAAGGGAUUUUCUAGUACAAUUUCACGAGAUGAAGAAAUCUGGAAAGAAAUGUACGAUGAUUUUACAGAGGACUUCGUAGUACCUUCCGAUUGGGAAAACCAGAUUACGAGUUUUAGAAGACUGAUAAUGAUAAGGGUGUUCAGGGCUGACAAGCUAAUCAGUUCCAUUACAAAUUUCGUUAAGAACGAGAUGGAUGAAAAAUUCAUAAAACCGCCCCCAUUUAAUAUAUCAGUUUCUUACGACGAUUCCUAUAACUUGUGCCCAUUAAUUUUCAUUUUAUCUCCAGGAGUUGAUCCAAUGAGUGCGUUAGUAAAGUUUGCAGCAGGAAAAAAAAUGUCUGAUAAGUUUAAAUCAAUAUCUCUUGGACAAGGACAAGGACCAGUUGCUCAGGCAAUGAUAAUGGAAGGAUCGGAAAUUGGAACAUGGGUCUGUCUUCAAAAUUGUCACUUGGCGACCUCCUGGAUGCCAACUCUAGAAAAAAUUUUUGAUAGUCUUGACUAUGAUACACAUCCUGAGUUUAGACUGUGGCUAACAAGUUAUCCAUCUGACAAGUUUCCCGUUACUUUACUUCAAAAAGGAGUUAAAAUGACCAAUGAGCCUCCAACAGGAUUACAAAAUAACCUGUUAAAAUCUUAUAUAAGUGACCCAGUUAGAAAUCCUGAGUUUUACUUAGGUAGUCCGGAUCAUCAUGAAAUGUUCGUAAGGCUUUUGUAUGGAUUGGCAUUCUUCCAUGCUUGUAUUCAAGAAAGGCGCACUUUUGGGCCACUUGGUUGGAAUAUCCAGUACGGAUUUAACGACUCGGAUUUUGACAUAUCAGUACAGCAACUACAAAUGUUUAUAAAUGAAAGCGAUGAUCCUUAUGAGGCACUAACUUACUUAAUUGGUGAAUGCAAUUACGGAGGAAGAGUAACUGAUGAUUGGGAUCGAAGAUUGAUUGUGACUAUAUUAGCCGAUUAUAUUAAUCCCCUAGUAGUAGCUGAUAAACGGUAUACUUUUAGUGGCGCAGGAAAAUGCUAUGGCCUUCCUGAAAGAUCUGACUAUCAGAUUUAUAUAAACCAUAUUAAUGCCAUGCCAGCUCUGCAUCCUCCCGAAGUUUUUGGUUUGCACACCAACGCUGGAAUAACCAGAGAUCUUCAGAACUCCAAUCUGCUUCUUGGAUCGGUGCUGAAAGCAUAUGGAGAUAUAGCUGCCGGAGGAAUGGGAGAAACAGAUAAACAUUUGAUGACGCUUUGCACCGAUAUAUUAAAUAAAUUACCCAAAAUAUUUAACAUUGAAGCUGCUUAUAUCAAAUUCCCUGUAACUUACUCGGAAUCUAUGAAUACAGUGCUUGUACAAGAAAUGGAACGAUUUAAUAGGUUGUUAAAAGUUAUUGUAGCUACCCUAGUCACCAUGCAGAAGGCAAUUCAAGGACUCGUGGCUAUGUCACCUGCAACAGAAACAUUUGCAUCUUCACUGUUAAUGGCAAAGAUACCCGUAAAGUGGGUUGGUGUUUCUUAUCCUAGUUUAAAGAAUCUUCCAAACUAUGUAAACGACUUUAUAGCCAGGAUGAGUUUUCUGUACAAGUGGUUCGAGACAGGUAAACCUCCUAGUUACUGGAUCUCUGGAUUUUUCUUCACACAAGCCUUUCUAACUGGCGUUAAGCAAAAUUUUGCUAGAAAAUACACCAUCGCCAUUGACAAACUAACCUUUGAUUUUGAAGUACUUAAUGCGACUUCGAUGAAAACAGCACCAAACGAUGGUGCAUAUAUUUAUGGACUGUUCACAGAUGGCGCCAGAUGGGAUCGACAGAAAAAUAUAUUAGCUGAGUUGUUGCCAAAAAUAUUGUACGAUAAUAUGCCGGUUAUCUGGAUUAUUCCGCUUCUCGCCGAAAAAUAUUUACCAGGUGGAAGGUACGUAUGUCCAAUCUAUAAAACAUCAGAACGAAAAGGACUACUAUCAACGACUGGACAUUCAACUAAUUACGUACUGCCUGUUCUGUUAGAUACAGAUCUACCAGCAUCACACUGGAUAAAAAGAAGUGUUGCUCUAUUAUGUCAAUUAAAUUGACGUAGUUAUAUAUUCAUUUUUUACAAAUAAAGUUUAUGAAUAGUAAAAAA